AUGGCAAAUAUUUGAGCAGACAUUCCAACGAAAAUUCACUCAACUUAAAAUUGUUAAGUUCGGUACAAAAUAUAUAUAGGAUAUUUAAAAAAUCAUGGAGUCGAAGGCAACGAAAUCUUCAAGCAUUACACAGGUAGAGAUCCUGUUGACUGGAUCCAGAUAUGUUGGACCCAGUGAUGAGUUGGGCAUGCAAGAAAUGGGCGUCUACAUAUAUCCGGAUGGCACACGCUAUACAGGCGAGUUCCUCAACAAUCGUUUCCACGGAAAGGGCACCAUUGAAAUCCCGGAUUCAUCGGGCGUUACCUAUCAAGUUCACCAUGACAAGGGCAGACUGGUCUCGAUCGAUCAAAUCAAGUUCAAUGAUAAUCUGCCCAUGGACUUUGAGAUGAAGGAUCAUUACACGAUGAGUUUCAAGCCUUGGCCGUACUGCACCUCGGAGGAUCGGCGGUUCUACCAGGAGACCAAGGGGCCUAUGGACGCUGUCGGUCCAAAUAAGUUCCAGUCCAAGGACGGACCAAGUCCCCUCAACCUGGGUCGCAACAUUUUCGACCUGGGCUUCGGACUGCUGGGCAAUCGUGGCUUUAUGUUGGACACAAAACCGUUUCACAACCAGAGUACUUAUCUAGGAUGUCGGGAGGCUCGUCGGUGGAUCCGGGAGAACUGUGCCCAUGGACCGCUGAGCAGGCGUCACCACAAACAAAAGGUGUUGGCCCGCUUUGCCCGUGAGAUCAUCCGAAACAAUCAGGAAAAUGCAGGCUGCAGUCGGAAGCAGUUCAUGACCAAAACCCACCCUUGUCGGCGCUCCACUAGCUUGGAUAGCUUCGGUUCGGAGCGUCUCCAUCUGGGCAGCACCACGGAUUCCACCUCCUCGGUGGUUCAGGCCAUGAGGUUGCGUCAUAGGGAGUUCCAAGCCAAAUGGACAAGGGCGAGGAGCGAGAGCGGCGUGUGCCGCAUCAACUGAUUGAUCCUUUGAGUUUUGUCUGACUUUCGCUUCUUCUUUUCAUGUGGCCUUAAAUUAAUAUAUUGUAAAUCGUUGGUUGACCCACAUUCUGUGACCAACGCCUCCAUGUUAGGAGCCCAAGAUUUAUGGGCGAAUCGCGAAAACUGCAGCCGAA